AUGCAAUCAUUGAUAUUUGAUAGGGCUGUAAGGAAAAUAAGCCCUUUGGAGUUUGCAACUGCCAUCUCCGAAUCAUUUUACACGGGACUUCAUCAAGCGGCUAGAACAGAUGUCUUCCCGAGCAACUGCCAUGCUAAUGCUGCUGUGAAUAGUUUAUCAUUGGAAAAAAAUGAUUAUCAGUUCUUAUUAAGCUCGUGUGCAGAUUCAUCCAUUAAAUUAUGGGAUUUGAAGUUUCAGGAUACUCAGGAGGACGCUCAGGAUACAUCGCUUGCAGGGCAAACUUAUGAUAAUUAUGACUACGAUAAUCCUGUAUCAACUUUCCAGAAUGUGGCAACAAUCCCAAGGAGAGCAGCACAUACGUUUGGUGUUUCUUGUAUUCAAUGGUGGCCAUUUGAUACGGGGAUGUUUGUUUCAAGCUCAUUCGAUCAUACUGUUAAAAUUUGGGAUACCAAUGAAUUGACCCCAGUUCACGUAUUCGAUAUGGACAACCGAGUAUACUCAUUCGAUAUAUGUGGCCACUCGGCUAACAAUAUGACCGCUAGUGCUUUAGUCGCAGUAGCUAGUGACCAGCCUUUUUUGAGGCUACUUGAUUUGAGAUCCACAUCGAGUGCCCAUACAUUGCACGGACACAAGGGAAAAACAUUAUGUGUCAAGUGGCAUCCACAAGACCCCAACUUGUUAGCGUCGGGUGGUUUUGAUGGUGAAGUAAAAAUAUGGGACAUACGAAGAAGCAAGAGUUGUUUGUGUCGACUUGAUAUGCUCAGGACCAGUACGGCUGAACUGUCACUUACCUUCACUAAUCUUACCCAGCCGUCUGUGAAAGCCCACCUGGGCCCUGUAAACGGAUUGGUGUGGGAUGAAGCGGGACACACUCUUUUCACUGCUGGAAAUGACGAUAAGGUACGAGUGUGGGACAUGGUUUCUACAUUGGCACCUCCUGUUAACAAGCUAAUAAACUUCGGGCCCUUGACUAGAAACAAAUACCCGCAAACUAUACCUCUCAUAUUAAGUCCCAAACAUGAAUCCGAAUUACAAUAUCUUUUGUUUCCCUCCGACAAUGGUGAUAUCUUCAUCUUCAGAACAAUCGAUGGUAAAUUAGUUUCCAGGCUUACGAGGAAAGGUACAAAGAACUCAGGCAGAACAUCAUCUAUGGUGAAUGCCGGCCCUUUUUCUGCUACAUAUUACUGCGGUACCAUGGACGGUGAAAUCGUUAGUUGGUCACCUAAGUGGGAACAACCAAAUCUAGAUAAUAUUCUUGACCCAAAUAUUCAUCACUUAGAUGAUGAAAACAUCUCUAAAGCCAAAUUGUUAGAUAUAGAAGAGGCUAGACUGAUGCUUAGUGAUGAUCCUUAUUUUAAAUAG